AUGGAGUCGGAAUUUGUGGCAGCGUCUGAAGCUGGACGAGAGCUACUUGGAGUGAGAGAGACGCUGAGUGAAAUUGGUGAGUCGCCUGCACUACCGAUGAAAAUGCUCAUUGACAACCAGGCAGCGAUACGGCAGAUUGAAGGAGAAGCGUCGUCUACUAAAUCCAAUCACGUUGAUGUGAGAGUCAAGUACUUGUGCGACAACGCUCGUCGAGGCAUUGUGGUGCCACAAUAUGUGCCGAGCGACCUGAUGCUUGCGGACGUACUCACCAAAGCACUCGAUGCAGUCAAGACGGUCAAGUUGCGUUCACUGCUACACAUCGUGUAA